AUAUAUAUAUAAAUUGAAUCAUGGAGAAGUAAAUAAAUGACAGAAAGUGCGAGAGAGAAGAGAGAGAUAGAAGCCAUGGCUUCAAAGGCGAAAUUCUUCCUUAUCCUUUCAUUGCUGAGUGCGAGUGUAAGCUAUUCCAUUGCAGAGGAUCCAGUUCCAACCCCAUGGCCUCUUCAAUUUCAUUCCAUUCUCCUCAUGAACUACUCCGGAAUUCCUCAGAUAAUCAACCUCUGGUACGACUGGCCUAAUGGUCGGAACUUCAACAUCAUCCAACACCAGCUCGGCAACGUUCUCUACGACCUCGAAUGGAACAAUGGUACUUCCUUCUUCUACACUUUAGAUUCCUCCAAGACUUGCUCUUCUGCUCAGCUUGAGGUCGGUAUUCUCCGACCCAAUUGGCUCGAUGGAGCCAAAUAUCUCGGGCAACGCCAUGUCGACGGCUUCCUUUGCAAUGUCUGGGAGAAAGUUGAUUUCAUUUGGUAUUAUGAAGAUGUUGAAACCAAGAGACCUGUUCAUUGGCUCUUCUACACUGGAAGACAGGCUCAUGUGAUGACAUUUGAAGUGGGUGCUGUGCUAGAGGAUGAGAAAUGGCAAGCCCCUGUUUACUGCUUUGAUGGCACGGGAACUACUGUCAAUGAUGUGGCUCUACACCAGAAUUUGCCUCUAAUGCCUGAUGUUAAUAAUAGGCUUCUCCACCAGAAUUACCCUGCUAUUUGACAUCUUUUUUGUAGUCCCAUUGCGCUGAACUUGUUGGAUAAUUUGAAUAAAUUAGACAUUGAAGUUUGUAUUUAUAUCUUCAUGUUCAAGUGAAUAUAAAAUUGCCAAGUAUCUUUCUAAAUA